UACGUUUGGACUUACAAAGCCCAUUGGGCAUUGGCCUAGUCGUCGCGGUCUUUUACCGAAAGAGACUACACCGUGGGAACAGAAAGUUACUUGGCUCAAAGGAAAUUGUCUUAAUCCAUCAACAUACAGUGAUUUGCUUAAAGAUUGUACAAGUGUAGUUCACACCGUUGGUACGCUCCUCGAAAACCCCGAUUAUAAGAAAGUUGUUCAGAGCAAGAGCGUCGUCGAAGCAUUUGGAAACUUGCGCAUCAGUUGUAAAAAUCAAAAUCCGUUCAAGAGAGAUGCAAAUGAAGCAAAUAAUUAUGAGAAAAUCAAUAGAGAUACUGCAAUAGCAGUUGCUAACGAGGCGGCGCGUCAUGGCAGCGUAAAGUCAUUUAUUUACAUAUCGGCAACAGAUGUCUUUCCCUUUAUAGAUUCAAAAUAUAUAUCGACAAAGAGGGAGGCUGAAUUUGUGCUGUUAUCCAAACCAGAGUUUAAAACCGUCAUACUGAGACCAGGUUUUAUAUAUUCAGACAUGAGGAUGUUUUCUUUGCCUAUUGCCGGAAUGCUCGCUGUUUCAAGUAACAUAUCCAAGGUUAUUCCAUUACCUUUAUUACCUUCAGUACCUCCAUUACAUGUUGAUACGGUGGCAGAAGCAGCCAUCGAAAGCAUUGUAAAUCAAGAGGCUAAUGGUAUCUAUAAUGUCCAUGAAAUAACAAAGUUGGCUGAUGGUGUCGUCUAA